AAAAAAAAAAAAAAAAAUCUGUUAUUGUUUGGGCUGCACAUUACAGAACACUUUUAUCUGAAGACAAAGAACUCAUCUGAAAAUGCUGCAGUACCCGGCGUUCAUGACCCAAUACCCAUCGUCGACCCGGACCAUCCCGACGUCGUAUUUGCUCCCGGCUCAGUGGCCUCAGCCCCAAAACGACGAGAUGCUCCUCGCCAUGGAAGAGUCAGAACACGAAGAGAAGCGGGCCGAGACACGCAAUGGGUAUGGAUCGUAUCAACUUGCAUGGCUACAGUUUUCUACGUCACUGCAAACUAAUUUUGGACUCUUCGAACAUGACUUAAGCCGAGUAAGGCGUGGAUUUAGAAAGCGGUGGCUUUUGACCCGAUGGGAAAAGCCUUGA